AACUUUUGGGUAACAGGAAACCCAACAUUUCCGAUGCUCCCCGCCCGAGCCCGAAGGCUCACGAGCGACGCCGCCAGACGAGCUCCGCUAACGAACGCAAGCCUCGACCGUUCCGAUCCGAUGAUGCUGUGUCUCGCCCGUCAGUCUUCGGGCGUUCGUGCUUCCUGCAUGGUAGCUCCAGUCUUGCAGAUGUAACGUUGAUGUGGUACUGAAAAGUAGUCCAGUGACAGUGAUGUGUGACACGAUUACGAUUGAAGCUCAAUGUUGAAUGCUCAAAGCAGUGUGUAGUAAAACAAAAAGAAACGCAAAUAAGUGUAGUUAUGUUUUAUGAUAAUUACUUCCGGUUGCAUUGAUGCAUCAGCUCAGAAGAUCGCCGGACCACGGUCGAAACGUCAACCGUGAAUGUUUCUACCAGCUACGGCGAACGCACGAACAACAGUAGACGGCAAUCAAAUCCCAAUUAUGUACAAAAUGAAGCAGCACCACGCUACGGUACAGCAGGCACAAAAAACCAGCAAGCACCACCAGCCCGGAAGCGAAAGUUCAACGAAAGUCAUCGAUGCCCAGAUAGCGAUCGUGGCGACAGUGGUACAGUAGAGGCGCAACCUUGGCCGAUGUAGUAAACCCUCCUCCCAAAGGGGAUGCCGUGGUUGGCAGUGUGUCGUCGUCCACCAUGGACGCAGCACCAUUAAGUAUGGCUGUUUAUGACGGUCGGGACUGAUAAAUGAUACACACGGUGGUGGACACGGCGUAGUGUGUUGUGCAGUGUUCCGUUUCUCGACCGCCCGUGCGCUUACCAAUCGGAGGACGUUUGCACAUCGGAACCAGUUCGGCCUCGCGGGACCUGUUUGGAAAGUGUUGCCCCGGGUGUGCUGGUGUAUUGUUGUCCGUUGCGAGACAAAGAGCGGUCGGGCGCAUCUUAUCGGUCGUUUGCUGUUGACAAAAUGUUUCCCACUGUGAGCGAAGAAAAACGACCGAGGAAGAUUAUUGCCUGGCGAUUUGUAGCAAUUUCUUUCGCUGCGCUGCCGUGUGCCGAGAUGUUGUGGCGGAAAUAAAAGGCGAGCAAGUGUGGAUGUGUGGUUAUGUUUAUGCCGGAUAAGCUCACAGUGCAGCCAGCAUUGUGUAGCGUGUGUGUGUGUGUGUGUAGGGUGAGAUCAUCCGAUUCGUUUCUUCCGCUGCAAACGGUCGAACGGCGUGAACAUUCAUAACUCUCACAGUGCUAAUGAGACAGUGUGUGAUGGUAUCGCUUGUGACAAUCGUUUUCCACCAAUGGCAACGGGAAAACGGGAAUGGAGCUCCGCAGCUAAUGAAGCACCGGGAAGCGAACCAGACACCAACACUAUUCCGGUGGCUAACAAACAAACAAGCAAACACGUUGCACCCGUCAUCUAAUGAACCAGAACCCGGUUUUGCGACAGUGUUCACUUCGGGGCGAUCGGAAUGCGCCUAGGGUCGAAUGAAAUCAUCAAAGGUUCGACGUGUCCGGGCAGUCGACCAAUGGCCGGGCCAGUGGUUGGCCCUAUUUCGUUUGCAAUUAGUUCUAGUGCACCAAUAACGACGAGUCAAUAAAUUGCAGCGGAAUUGCUUCGGAUUGACGGUGUGGGGCCACAUUAAAAGCAGAAAAAUGCUCUCAACCAGGAAGCGUACGGCUGCUUCACCACCGUCCGCAGCAGCAUCAUCAUCAUCAUCAUUACCGAGUCUGGCUAGGUGUGUAGCGAUAGUGCGCGCGAGGAAAAAGUGUUUUUCGAUGAGCAAACAGUGAAUAGAAACGAUCAAGGAAUCUCGGCCGUGGUGCAGGAAACGAUUCAAGUGCGCACAGCAUCGUCAUAAAAUGUUGUUUUUAAUAGUGCGCGCAUUUGAUGGUGCUUAGUGUAGAUAGGGAGCGAGUGAGUGAUAGAGAGAGAGAGAGAGUGAAGAAAAAAAACGAUAAAAAGUGAAAAAAACGACCAUCGCUGCUAGUUUUCUCAAGAAACUUCCUCCAAGUACAGCGACCAAGCUGCUUUCUUCCUAAGUGAUGCCAUUAGCGAUCGCGUAGAAAAAUCGUUUUAGCGGCACAGUGUGUGUGUGUGUUUGUGUGUCCAGAAGUACUGCACCAUUUAAGCUAGUGUUUUGAAGUGUGCAGCAAACGCGCAAAAACCGACCACCACCCUUCCAGGCGAAUACGGUUCGCUCUCGCAAUGUGCAUCCGCUUCGAGCACGAGUCACGUAGAUCGAGUAAUUCUAAAGCAUUAGCUGAAGUGCAAACGCUUCCCCGGCUGCAAGUGCGGCGAAUAAUUUACCCCACAAACAAACAUCUCAUGUUAAUGGGCAGUUGAAUGAAUGGUUUAACAGCUGGCGUUGGAGUAACAUAAAGCGUGAAAGUAGCAAAACAAAACAAAAACACACUCAUACGUAAGCAAGAAGCUCGCCAAUCCAUUAACCGUACGCGGAAACACACGCCCAAAGCAUACACGCCCCGCUCGAAGAGUUGACCGUCCGAUUGUAAAUAGUGGAGAGGGUAGAUACAGCACGUAGAAAACAAACGCGUUUCGUCAAUAGUCUAGCCGGACUAGUAGCCUAACUGCAGCUGGUCGUAACUUGCAACUGUGUCUGGGCUGGGUGUCGUUUUCAAAGCCCGAAGCGGAUAGCGAGCGGAAACAUGAUGUUCGUGAAAUUCCAGUACUUUUGCAUCGUUUAUUUUUUGCUGGUGCGCUUCCUGAACGGUGCCACGAUGGAUCUGUACAAAAAUUCGCGCCUCGGCAACCGGAUCGUGCAGACGCGGUACGGCCGUCUGCAAGGGCUGGUGCUGCCGCUGGACGGAUACAAAUUUCUCAAACCCAUCGAAGCGUUCCUCGGCGUCCCGUACGCCACACCGCCAACUAAAAUGAACAGAUUUAGUCCAACGCGUACGCCGUCGCCCUGGGACGGCAUACGGAUAGCGGAUAAGUUUAGUCCGGUCUGUCCCCAGCGACUGCCGAAUGUAAAUAACGAAACAGCAGCUUUAGAUAAGAUGCCAAAAGGACGACUGGAGUACUUGAAACGUUUGCUACCUUUUUUACAGAACCAAUCGGAGGACUGUUUAUAUUUGAAUGUAUUCGCUCCAGUUCAUGCCACUCAAAGUGACAAGAAACUGCCUGUUAUAGUAUUUUUACACGGAGAAUCGUUCGAGUGGAACAGCGGCAACCCGUACGAUGGCACCGUGCUAGCCAGUUACAGUGAUUUAGUCGUAGUUACGUUAAACUAUCGGUUAGGUAUAUUGGGUUUUCUAAAUGCCAAUCCCAGCCCACAGCUGCGGGCCCGCGUCGCCAACUACGGCCUGAUGGACCAGAUGGCCGCCCUGCACUGGGUGCAGCAGAACAUCGCCAAGUUCGGGGGCGACCCGGCCACGGUGACGCUGGCCGGGCACGGGAGCGGUGCCGCCUGCAUCAACUUCCUGAUGACGUCGCCCACCAUGGUGCCGGGGCUGUUCCAUCGGGCGAUCCUGCUGUCCGGGUCGGCCUACUCGUCCUGGGCCCUGGUCGAGGAUCCGGUCGUGUACGCGCUCAAGCUCGCGAAGGAGGUGAACUGCUCCAUCCCGGAGGAUCUGAUCAAAAACCACGAGCAGAUCGUCGACUGUCUGCGGGACGUGCCGCUGGAGGAGCUGUUCGGGGCCGACAUUCAGCCGCCCAGCUUUCUGAGCGCGUUCGGCCCGUCGGUGGACGGGGUCGUGAUACGGCCGGGCCGCUCCAACCAGGACAUCGACGAGCUGCCGGUGCGCGGCACGUCCAAACGGUCGCAGGGUGCGGCCGGCCGGUACGAUCUGCUGUUCGGCGUGGUGACGGGCGAGGCGCUGUGGCGCUUCAGUGCGGCCGACAUCCAGAGCGGGUUCGAGGGCGAACGGCGCGACAAGAUCCUGCGCACGUACGUGCGGAACGCGUACACGUACCAUCUGAGCGAGAUCUUCUACACGGUGGUGAACGAGUACACGGACUGGGAGCGGACGGUGCAGCAUCCGAUCAAUAUGCGCGACGCCGCGGUUUCCGCCCUGUCCGACGCCCAGUUCGUGGCACCGCUCGUGCACACCGGGGAUAUGUUGGCGCCGCCACCGCCACUGCCCGGACAGGAACCGUCCGGGCCGAAGUGUUUCUUCUACGUGUUCGACUACCAGACGAAGGACGGGGACUACCCGCAGCGCAUGGGGACGGUGCACGGCGAGGACCUGCCGUACGUGUUCGGGGCGCCGCUGGUCGACGGGUUUAACCACUUCCCGCGCAACUACACCAAGUCGGAGGUGGCCCUGUCCGAGGCGCUCAUGGUGUACUGGGCUAACUUUGCCCGAACUGGCAACCCGAACGAGCAUCACCGGCAGGACUCAAUUCUGGCCGCAUCCCGCGAACGGAAUCGCUUCCGCAGCAUCAACUGGGAGGAGUACGAUCCGGUGCAUCAGAAAUAUCUGGAAAUUGGUAUGAAACCGCGGAUGAAGAACCACUUCCGAGCGCAUCAGCUCUCGAUCUGGCUGCGGCUAAUACCGGAGCUACACAAAGCCGGCAUGGAGGACGUGAUAGCGAGGCACAAUCUCUUCAAAAACCACGACGACAUGGACCUGUACGAGGGGCUCGUCAAGCCGGACUCGUUCGCCGGCCGGCUCAACUACCUGGAGGACAAUCUCAAGCGGCGAGGUAUGCUGACGGGCGGCGAGCUGGGCCACGCACUGCACGCCAACGUCGUCAUGACAACGGCGGAACCGGUCCUGCUAACGACCUGCAUGCCAGUGGGCAACUACAGUGCGCUCGUGCCGACGGCGACCAUCCUGAACGCCACGACCGACACGCUGGCCGGGCUGGAGGCGGCCGGGUACGCCGCCUACUCAACCGCCCUGAGCGUCACCAUCGCCAUCGGGUGCAGCCUGCUCAUCCUGAACGUGCUCAUCUUUGCCGGCGUCUACUACCAGCGCGAUAAGACGCGGCUCGAGGUGAAGAGCCUGCAGAAGCAGUACCAGCAGCGGGGCGGCGGCCUGCACCAGCAGGGCCCGUUCGAUCCGAUCAAGCACGCCCACUACCAUCUCGGGCACUCGCAGUCGGCGAACGUGAUCGUGGACGUGGAGAACCACGAUACCGGUGCGCUGAUCCUGACCGGCGACGUCAAGUCGCCGCACAUCUGCACGAACGCGAUGCAGAUCAGCGUGAUGAAGAGUGGUUCGCCGGGCGGUGGCGUCGGCCACGGCGGUGUCGAUGGUCGCGGGAACGGUGGUGGUAAUGUGGUUGGUGUUGGUGGUAAUGGUGUUGGUGGUGGUGGUGGUGGUGGUGGUGGUGACGCGACCAGCUGUAACGUGCCGGCCCCGAACGUGACGAAGAUGCCGCUGCAAGCGAACAACAACGCGUACGGUACGGCCAAGCUGCCGCCCCGCAGUGAACACAUCGCCAUCCCGAUCAAAAACUCGACCUUCAUCGGGAGCGGCACCGGUACGGGCGGGGGGACGUUUGUCAGCGGCAUGAUGACACUGCCAAAGCCCAGCUCCCAGCAACAGCAGCAGCAGCAGCAGCAGCAGCAAGUACACAUCCCGAUGAGCUACAACCGAAACGAGUGCAUGACGCUGCCACGGAACAUUGGCGGAACUGGACUGAGUGCGUCCUCCGCCGGACCCAAUGCAGAUGUGCAACAAAUUAAAUUACCACCAAACGGGACCGCCAUCGGCAUCCACAUGCGGGCGGCCCAGACCUGCUCGAGCGGCUCGCCGGAAAACCGUCCCCCGCUGCAUACGGCACACUCCCACCAUCACUCCCACCACGGUCAGCACGGGCAGCAGCAGCUUCAGCAGCAGCAGCAGCAGCAUCAGCAGCAGCAGCAACAACAACAACAUCAAGAUAGUUUAACACAAUUAAAAUCCCAAAAUCUCAAGAACAGCGGCUGCCCCCCGCAGCUGCCCCAUGCCGCGAUGAGCGAAAUGCGGGUCUGAUUGCAUACCGAUUGCGGUGAUUUGGUUUGAGACGGUGACGGUGAUGGGGGGGGAUAGGGGCAGUGUGGCCAACUAAAAGCAGCCCCUGUUCCCUUCCCUCUUCUUCUCAUUCCUUCCUCCACCUCCACCCGGUAAAGUGGACUGAAUCGAUCAAAAUGGAUCGUCUUCGUUCUUCCAACUGGCACAUGUUAAUGUUGUGUGCUCUAAAGCUCGCUCGCCACCGCGCCAAACAUGUCACGGGCAAAGGGAUUAACAUAAUUCAGUGCUUUUGGGGGGGGGGUGCGGAGGGGUGUGCAGAUGGCAUACUGAUAUCGGCGCGUCAAUCAAUCAGCGUUAGGCGCUUAGCGAGAGCGAGCGUUUCUUUGGACUCUAUUCAAUCAACCGACGGGAUAAUCGAUUUCCCAGAAAAACCUCCCAUGAUUACUUACUCUAAUUGAGUUUUGUUUCGGUAGCGGUUGGUGUGCACGUUGGUGUAUGUGUGUGUGUGCGUGUUAAACUCUUUUCUUAAGUGUGUUGAUACAUCGCGCACGUUUGCAAAUACGCCGAACCGGUUUGCUGGGAAUGGGAAAACUACUUCUCAACAAACGUUUCACCGCGCAAACAAGCAUAACACAACCUCGCCAAUCAAAACAACCUUUUGCAAACGUCUUUCCCCGUUUUGGUAAACUUUGUAUUAACUUUGCCCAUUUUCCAACGCGCUCGAUCGAAUCGAAUUGGAAUCGAGUUUUGGUGAGCUCAAUUAAACUUGUUUCGCACUUCGUUCCGGUAGAGGUAGAUAAGAAGCAGUUUAAGCAUAACAAACACACACAUGAACGGUUUUUUUUGGGUUAACAAGUGCCAAUGGAAUGGUUCACCAUAUUAGUUAUUGCUUUAUUGAGAGUUGCGGCAAAGAGUUUCAUGUUUUUAUGUUCAAAUGAUGCUUAAAAACGAUUCGUUACAGCAAACCACACUGCGGGAAGUGAGCAGCAAAAACAUCUUUAAAAAAAACAACAAUUAACGCGCAUUUACAAACAUCAAUGCGCAAAACCGAACCAAUGUAGCAAUAGCAUCAAAACACCGAACAUAUCUGAUCGAGGGUAUCAAAUAGCAUCACACGUCCAAUUGAGCACCUUGUAAAGUGGCUGCCGUAAACACUGAUAAAAAGUUCCCGUUUUAGUUACACUUUGUUUUGCCUUCCAGCACACACACACACACAGCAAACUGUUGUUAUGUUUCCAUGCUGUGUUUAAAAUGCAUCCAACGAUCUAACUUCCGCUCUAACUUCCAUCUGCUGUUGUCCAUUGACAAUGUUUGAAAGUGCCGUAACAAAACACGUGCAAAAUCACAUGCAAUCAGAAUCGAACCGCGCAACUCGUGGUUGUACGCAGAAGGGAACAGCGCUUUUGAAAGUUGAGACAGAGAGAGAGAGAGAGAGAGAGAGAGAGAGAGAGAGAGAGAGAGAGAGAGAGAGAGAGAGUGGAAAAAAGCGCUGCAAGCACUGCACGGCUCUAUAUGGGUUUUGCAACAUUGUAAAGCUGGGUGUAAAAUGUUGUAACGAACAAAACAAACAAACAAAAAACCAACUGUACAUUGUAACGCUUUAGGGUAGCAGUUCAAUUACCAUUCAUCCACAAAACCGCCCGGCACAACAGAUGGGGCAGCACACAGAGAAGAGGAAACUAAGUGGACAACCUCCGCUCAGCACUGAACCGCAUUCAAUAAGCGCGUUGAUAAUUGAUUGAUUGCUAGGAUUAGGAUAAUAAUAUUAAUAACAACAAAAAAAACAGAAUUAUACGUUCCAAUCAUUAAGCAAACACUUGCAAGGGAUGAAUGUUUAGCUUCACUGUUCCUCGUUUAUGUAGCGGUGCGUGCGAGUGCGAGUGUUUUCGUGAACCUGCGUCAGCAUUGGUUGUUGAUCAUCUGUAAAAAUAAGAAACCACUGUAAUGACCCCGUUCAGCACGCACCAGUGACAAUGUUCAGUGUUACUUCCAGUGACGUUUUACACAUAAACACACACACAUAAUUAUCGCGGGGGGGGGGGAUUAGGGACAUUGCAUUAAUCGCGCACGAACGAACUCGUACACUGUAAGCUACCGUCUAGACAUGGGAGUAUAAGACUUUUAAGGAAACACACACACAAACACACACUAAUAGAUAUCGACCGAUGAGCCCGAUGACAGAUAGGAUA